AAAGAAGAAAAAAAAAGAAAAAAGGCCACGCCUCUGCUCUGCUGCUGCAGCUCGCUGUGACAGCGGCUCACCGGAAUUUAUUUCAGUCGGUGGACGGCAGAGAAAUUAGAAGGACGGAAUAAGGCGGAUACCGGUUCCCUUUCUCUCCCCCCCCCUCAUGCAGUUUUGAAGAAGACGCCCCCCCCCUCACACACACGCAUACACACACAUACCCGCUUCCCUCCCUGCACCUGUUCGUCUUCGUCUUGUUGCCGUCUCGCAGGAGUUGAUCCUCUUGCGGAGUGAGCGGACGUCGCUUCUCAUUGUUAGAUAGACGUUGUUAUGAGCAUGACUUCGGCGUUCAACCUGGAUUACCACCCUCUAGCCGAAAGUCGGUUAAUGACUUCCAGCGACGCAAUCAACGGCAACGGCAGCAAGAUGAACGGGUCGCUGGAGCAAUUGGACCAGCCGGACCCCGACUCCAUCAAGAUGUUCGUGGGCCAGAUCCCGCGGGCCUGGUCAGAAACGGAACUCAAAGAGCUUUUUGAGCCCUUCGGCGCCGUGCACCAGAUCAACAUCCUCCGUGAUCGCACCCAGAAUCCCCCUCAGAGCAAAGGAUGCUGUUUUGUUACUUUUUAUACAAGAAAAGCCGCACUGGAGGCCCAGAAUGCACUGCACAACAUAAAGACUUUAAGUGGGAUGCAUCAUCCUAUCCAGAUGAAACCCGCUGACAGCGAGAAAACAAGUGUGUCGGAACCAGCCGCGGGCCACGCAGCACUCCGACACAACGCAGCGCGCCACUUCGACUCGAAUUUUGCGGUAGAAGACAGAAAACUCUUCAUCGGCAUGAUUUCAAAGAAAUACGGCGAGAACGAGAUCAGAAUGAUGUUCUUGUCUUUCGGACAGAUGGAAGAGUGCAGAAUUCUCCGGGGACCAGAUGGUCAGAGCAGAGGCUGUGCGUUUGUCACAUUUUCUACCAGGGCAAUGGCACAGAAUGCAAUCAAAACCAUGCAUCACUCUCAGACUAUGGAGGGCUGUUCCUCACCUCUGGUGGUGAAGUUUGCCGACACGCAGCGAGAUAAGGAGCAGAGGCGCCUGCAGCAGCAGCUGGUACAGCAGAUUCAGCAGCUUAAUAGCGCCUCCACCUGGGGAAACCUGGCCGGCCUGGGCACCCUCUCGCCGCAGUACCUGGCGUUGCUCCAGCAGGCCACAUCUACCAGUAACCAAGGCAGUUUCAAUAAUAUUCAGAGGCUAGGAGCAGGUGUGAACCCCCUUCAGCUUCAGAACUUGGCCACAUUAGCUGCUGCUGCGGCCGCAGCCCAGAGUUCUGGCAGCCCGACCUCUACCAGCGCUAUGUCUGCAAACAGUGCAGCCCUGGGAGCCCUGGCCGGCCCAAUGGGUUCAUCAGCGGCCAGCGCCGGAGCUGCCAUGAACACCCUGGCGUCCCUGGGCACCCUGCAGGGUCUCACCGGGACUUCUAUGGGCCUCAACCUCAACGCUCUCACCAACAGUGUCGGUGGUAUGGGGUCCAUGAAUGGGGGCCUGGGAGCCUCCAUGGCCAACGGGUCAGCGGCCAGCUCCAUGGACGCUCUGACCCAGGCCUACUCAGGGAUGCAGCAGUACGCCGCCUCCGCCCUGCCCUCCCUCUACGGCCAGUCCCUCCUGCAGCAGAGCAUUGCUGGGGGUCAGAAGGAAGUAGGGCCAGAGGGCGCCAAUCUGUUCAUCUACCACCUGCCCCAGGAGUUUGGAGACCAGGAUCUUCUGCAGAUGUUUAUGCCUUUUGGAAAUGUGGUCUCUGCCAAAGUCUUCAUUGACAAACAGACCAAUCUGAGCAAGUGCUUUGGGUUCGUCAGCUAUGACAAUCCUGUGUCAGCGCAAGCUGCUAUCCAGGCCAUGAACGGCUUCCAGAUCGGCAUGAAGAGGCUGAAGGUUCAGCUGAAGCGCUCCAAGAACGACAGCAAACCCUACUGAUCCUAGCCCCGGGGCCUCCCCCCCCGCCCCCUCCCCAGCUCCAAUGCUAACACUGCUAGGGUAAGUUCACCCUCCAGCCAAGGUCACCACAGCAGAGACUCGGUGGGGCAGGGGGCAAGGAGCCCACCGCAGGAGGGAGACUUUCUCUAUUCCUGUAUGAAAAGAAACAUGUUUGCAAUGAUCUUUCCUCAUUUUACUGUAUUUCAUUCCUGCGGUUUUAUCAUGUAAUUUGAGUCGGCUUAAAUAUUUUAAUGUAUAUGAUUAUUUAUGACUAUCACUGGAGUCAGUGUUUGCUGGAGGUAUUUUGUGUCACUGUAAUUAGUGGAGAGCAUCGGCUGUGUUGCCAUGCCAUUUCAUUGCCUUCAGAUCAAGCUAGACCGGUUGACUAAGGGUCAGUAGUCGCUUUGAGGGGCUGAAGCCGGGCCUCGCAGACCCACGAGCACAAACCUUCAACCCCCGACACCCCCCCCCCCCCACACCCCCCGUUUGGCUUCUUACGUGUAGUCUGUCUCCUUCCUUUUUGUCAUUCUUACUGUGAAAGCCUCCUGCACUCCAAAAAAAGGUUGAGCUAGGCUACCUCUCUUUGCUCUAUUAACAACCUCUUCCAGUCAUUCCAUCCAUCCUCCAAGUCCCCCACCAGUGGGCCCGACUCUAGAUGGAUCUCUUUGGGUGCCACGUAUACAGUUUGUGCAUGUUGGAGUCCCCGCCAUACGUCCUGGUCACUUCCCUAAAUCUGUGUAUCGUUUUUGUGUGUCGGGAGAGGGCGGGCGGGGGGGGGGGGGCUGUUGUUUACCCCGCUGUCCUUACUACAUGUGGUGAUUGGCAUUGUUUUGGUUGGUUUUUGUGCCUCAUGGCUAAACGAUUCUUGUGCUGUGGCCCUAACUUUCUCUCCUUUGUCUUCUAUCUCUCUCUCUCUCUCUCUCUCUCUCUCUCGCUCUUCCUUUUGUGUUUUUGUUCCUUUUUUAGAACAAAUCUCCAUGCCUGUUUGCUCAUCAUUAGCCUAGCAUGUCUUCAUGAUGUUGAAAGCCAAGCCAAACCCCUGGCCUCAUCAUCCCACCAUUGUCUGUGAUGUCUCUAAGCUCGCCUGACCAAUACCUGGCCACCCACUGACCCUUGACCUUUGCUCAACCUGAUUUUUCUGCAUGUAUAUUCAUUUUGUUUUGUAUAGAAAUGUGACAGGGGGGAGAGAGGUCAAGCAAAUCAAUGUGAAAAGUUACCUGCGUUGAAUUCAUUUAAGAGACCUUUUUUUGCGAAUGUUUUAAAAACCUGUGGGAUUUUUUAAUUUAGCUUUGUUUUUUCUUUUUACCUCUCUCAGUAAAGUUCACUUGAAAGUUGAAUACAGGGAUUGGCACACAGCUGUGCUAUUUGGUGCCAUUAGCAAUAUGUUGGCUUCUUAAAAAAAGCUACAGACCACUUUCCAACACUUUUGAAAGUUAAACCCCUCUCAGUGCUCUGUAAUGAUCUCUACAUUUUGCGGGCAGUGUAAAGAUUUACACAAAGGCUAUUAAAAAAAACAAACCUUUCUUUGAUUUAAAAAAAUAUUCAGUGUAUUUACCUUUUUUUUGAACUAUUGAUGGCACAAUAAAAGGUACAUUUGCUCUGUUUAGAGAAAUGGCUACCUACAUGAGUCAACUUUUUUAGAACUGAUUCACAAAUAGACAAUCUGUGGUUUAAAUGCACACUUAGAUUACCUAUAUUUUAUACCAUUGAAUCUAUAGAAGUUUAACUAACAGAACCCAGGCAAAACUUUGGGGUUUUUGUAGAUUAUGUUGUAAUGUCAUCUGUGUUGGGGUGGGGGGAGGGUCUUCAGUGUAUUACAUUUUUAAAGAGGACUAAAAUCAGUUUGAUCGACAUGACAGUUUGAGGUCAUUUCUAGUUAAUUAAAAACACAAAAAAAAUUAAAAAUAAAAAAAAUCCUCUACAUUAAUUGUAAUAUCAACUUCUGGGGAAAAAGAACUUUUUUUUCUUCUAAAGGGUCACAUUAUGUAGACUUUAUUAUUUUUCCUGCGUUAAACAAAAAAUUAGUGUUCAACUUCCACGGUACGUCUUGUUGACUUUCUGUGAAUUUGUCAUUAAUUGAAUUAAUGGAUGUUUCACUUUGGUUUAGUCUGGAUGCCUCAUGUUGAAAGAUGAUGAUUUACAAUGUCUGUUAACCAUACAGAUGCCAGACAAUGUCUCUGUUAAAAUUUGUUGUCAAAGUGCCCAUGUGUCAAACUUUCUUUUUUUUUUAAUUCACACAUUCUUUUCCUGUAAUAUAAAAAAAAAACUAGUUUUCUUUACACGCACGCACACAACGCAACACAAAACACUUUUUCUGUGGUUGCAAAUUUGGGAGCCCCUGAAGUUAGAGAUCACAUGGCCACAACACACAACCUGUAGGUCUCCACACACUUUGUAGACACACUCACACACUCUUGCUUUUCUAUUUUAGUUGGGUCUUUUAAGCACGAUGACAGUACAAAGUCCACCACAACUAGUGUUGGUUUACAAAUACAUUCCAUUUUUCAGCACUAAAGUUUACACUUCUUUUUUUACCAGGGUGGUAUUUUGUCUGUUGUACUACUAGUUGUUGAGACAACCCUGGUAAAAAUAACAACCACUUCAUCCCCAAAGAAGGGUUCCCUUAAACUGCGUACCUGAUGGCGUUAAGAGUUGUCCACUCAGGGGCUUUUUGUGUGUGAAACUAGACUCUCAUACAGGAACUACAACACAAAAUGGACAAUUUCACCAUUUGACUCCCACCACCCCCCUUACCUCCCCCAAUGCCCUGUUUUUAUCUUUCUUUUCUCAAAAUACAUGAAUAUUCCAAAAAAUAUAUAUAAAGAGGUACCAAAUUUAAAUCAGUGCUCGAGGAAAGUGUUGUCGUUUUGUAAGGAAAUGUCAAGCACAAUUGUGGGAGCGAAUCACUUUUGCAGGAUGUUGAGUGUGAUAUAAUCCCCCAAAUUUACAAGGUACCACUGACUUCACUUUUUAAUAUGGGCAUGUGCUUUUUACAGUGUUUUUUCUAUCCAAAUGCAAUACAAUAUUCAAAGUGCCAUAUAUACGUCUAGAAACUGCCUACACAUCCUUAUCAGGCCUUGGUUUAGAGAUUGCUGCAGUUCGCCUUUUUUUGUCUAUUUAUGCCCGUGUCAUGAAAGCUCUUGUCACCUGCUCAUGUUUCCCCGACCCCCCCCCCCCCCCCUUUCCCCACUCUGAGUUAUUAGUAAAUGUGUGUUGUGAUGUACUGGAGUUGGUUAAAAGAACCUGUAGAUAAACAAUAAACGUCCCUAUACAUUUGAAGGUAAACCUCUUUUAUUAGUGAGUGUGCUGUAACACUUUGCUAUCCAAACAAUUUGUGACCAGACGCGUCGGAAAUCCUUUCUUUUUUUUUUAAAUAAAGUUAAAAGCGAGUUUAAAACUUGAGUUGAAACCAAGACGACUUUCUUGCCUUUGGUGACGAGGUCGUUUUAAAUGAGGAGAACUGUGUCAGACACUGAAAUGGUUGCAGCUGUGUAGUCGGUGUGCCGUGUAUGGUGAAGUGUUACUGUGAAUGAAAUUAAAAAGGAAAAAAAAAAAGAAGCACAAUGUCCGGUCCACGGCGUUCCUGAGCGGAACUUGUCUCACUUCAGGGGCUUCCAUCACCAAUCCCGUUCAAGCUCUAACAAUCACUUUCUUCUUUUUGUUGUGUUCAUAUUCUGAAGUGCUUUUUUUUUGUUUUUUUGACAAGUGUGGUAACUUCUAUAGAUAUUGUCUUGAUCCAAAUGAAAAGAGGAAAAAAAAAAUCUUUUCCUUUUAUUUUCUUGUCUGAUCGGUAGGACUUAAUUCACGUUCCACCAAUAAUUUAAUAGAUGUUUUAUCUUGUCUCGAAGAAAGCCAAAGUGAGUGCAUCUUGAUGUGAGCUGUAUUAGACAUACAGUAGUUUUUUUUUUCUUUUUUUUUUCUGUUCACUCACUAUAAUUUUUUUUUUUGAACCUGGGUGGGAUGUGAAAAUAGAAGGAAAAAAAAAUACAUACACAGGCUUUCCAAUUUCUACAACUGGUUGUUCAUAUGUAUUUUGUACCAGUGAAGCUUUUUAUAUUGGAAAUUAAAGAAAAAAAGUCUAUAUUGGAAAAAAAAAAAAUUGUCUGGCCUCUCUAUGUGGCCUCGCCUUGACCAGAUCUAGAGUUUGGCCUCUUGGUGGUGUCAAGCAAUUUUUUUUUUGUUUUUUGUUUAUUUCUCUCAAAACAAAUAUGCCUGAUUUUGAUUUGACUUGGAUCUAUACGUAUUCCUCACUUCGUUAAUCAGCUUCAGUUUCUGAGGGCGGGAGGGGGAGGGGGGGUUGGGAUCCUCUAAAUCGUGGUAAGUUUCAUGUUAGUAUUUGUGCUGUCCACAUAGUUUAAUGGUCACCAGGAUUUUGACAACUUGUGUGGUUAAUUGUCUUAGUUGAAGAGUUAACUAUGUGUUUAGUUUGAGCCUUGCUUUUUACCUGUGUAGAGUUUUCUGUUUUUUCCCCCAUAGCGGAGUACAUAGCCGAAAGACUCCGUUCUUUUUUUGGUCAAUGUUUGUUCAUGUGUGGUGUGUUUCUUUGCCUCUGUCUCCAAAUUAAACCAUUUCCCCUAA